GGGAAAGGAGGAGGAGGGACAAAGGAUUAGAAGGAGCGUCUACGUUUCUUGCUGCUCGUAGCUGUUCGUCCCAUGGUGUGCGAGAAGUGUCAGAAGAAGCUCUCGAAGCUCGUGACGCCCGACGCGUGGAGGGACGGGGCACGCAACACCACCGGAGGAGCAGGUGGGUCGGUCGCGACACAAGCGGACAGGGAAUGCCAUCGUUCAUCGUCUCAUCUUUCGUCGCUCCGUGUCUUGUGUUUCGCCAGAUGGUGGGAGGAAGGUGGGAGGCAAUGUUUUGACGGACAAGAAGUCCAAAUUCAGGUUAGUCCAUACUCGCAACUGAGAAGGAGACUCAGUUUAAUCAAGAUGGUUGUGUGUGUCGGUGUGUCUGUGCGGUCAGGGCAAGUCCGUAUGGCUUGGCUGCUGGCCACUGUAAGCUGUGCAAGUCGUCAUUACACCAGGCCGGCGUCUACUGCAGCGACUGGUGAGUACCGGCACUCACUGACAGACAAUGACAGCACGACCGACAACAGAAUCGUGUGGUCCUGUGUGUGUCCGUGUCUGUGUAUGUGUGGUUCUGCAGUGCCCAUAAGAAGGGGCGGUGUGCGAUGUGCGGCAAGAAGAUGGUGGACGUGUCCUCCCACAACAUGGCCCUCACAUGA